AUUCACUACUCAAGCCGCUCAAAACUCUAGCUAGCUAGCAGGGGGGGAAAUGGCUCCACUUCUCGCCGCAGCCAUGAACCACGCUGCCCAUCCAGUCCUUAGAAGCCAUCUAGGACCCAACAAUGAGAGUUUCUCACGACACCACCUAUCUUCUUCACCGCAAAGCAGUAAGCGAAGGUUUAACCUUAGCUUUACGCCACGAUCUGCAAGAGUAGGCAAUCAAAAUGGAGUCCAAUUGUUGAGCCCUUCGGAAAUCCCUCGAAGGGACUGGUUCCCCUCCGACUUCAUCUUUGGUGCCGCCACUUCAGCGUACCAAAUUGAAGGUGCUUGGAACGAAGAUGGAAAGGGGGAAAGCAAUUGGGAUCACUUCUGCCACAAUUUUCCGGAAAGGAUAAUGGACGGGAGCAAUGCAGACAUUGGAGCGAAUUCGUACCAUAUGUACAAAACGGAUGUCAGAUUGCUGAAGGAAAUGGGCAUGGACGCAUAUAGGUUCUCUAUCUCUUGGCCUAGAAUACUGCCUAAGGGAACGGUCGAAGGAGGUAUUAACCAGGAUGGCAUCGAUUACUACAAAAGGCUCAUCAACUUGUUGCUAGAGAAUGGCAUAGAGCCAUAUGUAACAAUUUUCCACUGGGAUGUCCCUCAAGCACUAGAAGAGAAGUACGGCGGAUUCUUAGAUAAGACUCAUAAGAGGAUUGUAAAUGAUUACAAAAACUUCGCUAAGGUGUGCUUCGACAACUUUGGUGACAAGGUGAAGAAUUGGUUGACCUUUAAUGAGCCCCAGACAUUUACUUCAUUUUCCUAUGGAACCGGGGUCUUUGCCCCAGGACGAUGCUCACCGGGACUAGACUGUGCCAUCCCAACUGGGAAUUCACUCGUCGAACCUUACAUUGCUGGCCACAACAUUCUUCUAGCCCACGCUGAGGCUGUUGAUCUUUACAACAAGUAUUACAAGGGCGAGAACGGCCGCAUAGGUCUUGCAUUUGAUGUAAUGGGUCGUGUGCCAUACGGAACAUCAUUUCUAGAUGAACAGGCCAAAGAAAGGUCCAUGGACAUUAACCUAGGAUGGUUCUUGGAGCCUGUGGUUCGUGGUGACUACCCCUUCUCAAUGAGAUCGUUAGCGAGGGAACGACUACCCUUCUUCAGUGACAAACAGCAAGAGAAGCUUGUGGGAUCCUAUAACAUGUUGGGAAUAAACUACUACACCUCAAUAUUCUCCAAACAUAUCGACAUCUCACCAAAAUACUCGCCUGUUCUCAACACUGACGACGCCUACGCUAGUCAAGAAACGUAUGGGCCUGACGGGAAACCCAUUGGUCCUCCUAUGGGAAAUCCGUGGAUCUACUUAUACCCAGAAGGCCUAAAGGAUAUCCUUAUGAUCAUGAAGAACAAAUAUGGAAACCCACCUAUCUACAUCACUGAGAACGGAAUCGGGGAUGUUGAUACAAAGGAGAAACCUCUACCCAUGGAGGCUGCCUUAAAUGACUACAAAAGGCUAGAUUACAUCCAGCGCCACAUCUCAACUCUCAAGGAGUCAAUAGACUUGGGAGCAAAUGUGCAUGGCUACUUCGCUUGGUCUCUGCUGGAUAACUUUGAAUGGUACGCCGGCUACACCGAACGUUAUGGCAUUGUCUACGUCGACCGCAAAAAUAACUACACGCGCUACAUGAAGGAGUCAGCCAAGUGGUUAAAAGAGUUCAAUACUGCGAAGAAGCCUAGCAAGAAGAUUAUUACGCCAGCUUAAAAACAUGGGACCUCGUGAUGUGGGUACGGUGCCACCCAUGAAAUAAAAACCUAGUGUGUGGUUUGAAACCUAAAUUUUUCUUUUUCUUUUUUGCACCAUGAGAGAGGUAGUGGAGUCAUAUUCUCCAGCACCGUGGCUAAUAAUGUAUUGUUGCAGUACAAUCUAGCAUUGUCGUCAUGCAAUAAAUAAAGUGACUGGUUUCCCUAUUUC